AAAGACGUUUCCCUUGACAGGUAUUUGUACCUCAGAGUCCCAGGCAUCCCGGCCUGGUUCAGGAGACAGCGGAUGAGCUCUGCUCUGCCUUUUGGCUUGGGGCACCAGGUGGCCACUCUCCUCAUCACCACCACUGCGCUGCCGUUUCCUGUUUGGAUGAAAUGAAUAUACGUGACACAGACAUUUAAACCACACACUAUAUCGUUGCUGUCACCCACGCACGAACAACUGCUGCUCGCAUGUGUGAACCCCGAUCAUUUGUUAGCAUACACGAGUGACCGACAUUGUUUAAAUGGCUGCUGUCAGUGGUGGUAUUGAAGGCCACAGUGGCGUUACUACACUUGUUUCAAGUAACAUUUAAUCAGUUCACGUUACAUAAAUUAUUGUAGGCCUCGCUCACCUGUUUUCAGUCAACAUAUGAUGGCACUAAAUAAAUCUCGAAGAGUUUCCUUUGAAUUUGUUCGGAACAGACUGGAGGACCCGGGUGGUUGACGUUAUCGACUUGUUAGCGUAAGUUAGCUUGUUUCCCGUCAGUCGAUGGCCUAACGGAUAUCACCUGAGUUAGCAAACUAACCUCGCCUUGCUAGCUGAUUAUGUUGAAUAUUGGUGAUACUCUGAGCCAUUUAGGCAACACUAAAAAACGAUUCGGAUAUAAUUAACUACAUAUAACGUUAAACUUUAGAUGAUUGGCUAUUAAAUUGUAUAAAGACCGGGCGUUAACGAGCUAGCGUUAAGCUAGCUAACGUUACUUUAGUUAACAAGACAGUCUAACGCUAGCUAACCUUCUUAGCUGAUGUUGUUAAAUAGCUAACCACAGCACAUAUUGCAGAAAAAUCGCUUUGUUUCUAUGAUAACAAACUCAAUGCCAGAGCCCGAGAAAUAUUACAGCUCCUUUAGUUCAAUCUAGCUAGCCAGCUAUAACAGGAACAGCUAUCACCACAGCCAACCGCGGCAGUUGUGUUUACAUGGUACUGCGGCUGCGCGAAGACCAGUCAUGGUGCUGUCAAGAGCUAGUUGGAGAAUCAGAGUACAGUUUUCAGUGGCAUCACAGAUGUAAAGUGUAGUGAGCGCGGUAGUCAGGAUGGCAAAGGAGGCAACUGACAACGUGAACUAUAUGACAGGUUUUAUUAGAUUACACGUUUGUUAGAUAGACAAGCUAAUUUCGAAAUGAAAGUAGAAGCUUACGAGCACUCAAAGGCAGCAUAAAAUAACACUGGCGCACAUUCUAUGAGUGCAGUGAAAGAAAGCUGUUAUUAUUGAUUCAUUGAAGUUAGAUAAACCCCGUGAGAUUAAUUUGUUUCUGCUAUAAAAAUGCAAUUGGUAUCCAAUCGGCAAAUAUUGGUUUAUGGUCUGAUAUUACCCCCCUCCCAUAAAUAUGUCGCUGUUUACAAUAAAACUGCAUGCAGCCCUACUGUUUUAGGGGUUGAACCAGAUCCGUUAAAUAAGACCGAAUAAUACCGAACUGUGUCUUCAAUAAAAAUCAUCUACUAUUUAACAGACAGUGAGCUGCAGCCCAUCUCAUCAUAUAACCAAUUUAUAGCUAUUUAGGCUAUAAUAUUGAACAAUUUCCAGCCUAAGGACAUUAGAGUUUUUGUGUGUGAAUAUAGGCUUAUAUAUAACAGUUGAAAUGCUGUAAACAAAACAUUCAAUCCGACUAAGUGGUUGACAUCUUCACAACCCGGAAGUGACACCCUGUAGCGCAGUAUUUCCAGCCAGCCAAUAGAGUAAAAAAACGCCUCCGCCAAUGACUCAAGCGAAGGAAGGGGUUGAGAUUAACAGGGAUUCUCAGCAGCAGCGGUCCUGUUAUUAUAAAGGGAAAUAAUCACAAUGGGCAGCACCGACUCAAAACUGAACUUCAGGAAAGCAGUGAUUCAGCUGACAACCAAAACACAGCCAGUGGAAGCCACAGACGAUGCAUUCUGGGACCAGUUCUGGGCAGAUGCCACCACCACAGUCCAGGAUGUUUUUGCACUGGUGCCAGCUGCAGAGAUAAGAGCUGUUCGAGAGGAGUCCCCCUCAAAUUUAGCAACCCUCUGCUAUAAGGCCGUGGAGAAACUGGUGCAGGGUGCAGAGUCUGGUUGCCCCACAGAGAGGGAGAAGCAGGUGAUCCUGAACUGCACUCGCAUCCUGACUCGCAUCCUUCCGUACAUCUUCGAGGACCAGGACUGGAGAGGAUUCUUCUGGUCAACGGUGCCUGGUGCUGGGCGGGCUGGGACAGAUGAGCUGGAUGAUGAUGACGGCGCUCGACCAUUGGCUGAGUCACUGCUCCUGGCUAUCGCUGACCUGCUCUUCUGCCCUGACUUUACCGUGCACAGCCAUAAGAGAGGCCCCGACUCUGUAGAGAGCAUGCACUCUAUAGACAGCUGUGAAUACAUCUGGGAGGCAGGGGUGGGCUUUGCACAGUCCCCCCCUCUCAACUACAUCCAUGACCUGAAUAGGACAGAGUUGCUGAGACUGUUACUCACCUGCUUUUCUGAGGCCAUGUACUUGCCUCCUUCCUCGGACAACAAUGUCCUCAACCCUUGGGUGACAUUCUUCUGCUCCACUGAAAAUAGACAUGCUCUGCCUCUGUUUACCUCUCUGCUGAACGUGGUGAGCGCCUAUGAUCCAGUGGGCUAUGGCAUCCCGUACAACCACCUGCUCUUCUCUGACUACCGGGAGCAGCUGGUGGAGCAGGCUGUACAGAUCCUUAUCGUGACGCUAGAGCAUGACGGAGGGGUUCCCCAGCGCCCCGCCUCACCUUCCAGCAUGGAGGAACAAGAGUCUACAGGCCCUGAAAACCUGUUUGUGAAUUAUUUGUCAAGGAUUCACAGAGAGGAGGACUUUGACUUUGUAUUGAAGGGCCUAGCUCGUCUGCUGACCAACCCUUUGACUCAGACUUACCUGCCUAACUCCACCAAGAAGAUUCAGUUCCACCAAGAGCUAUUGGUCCUUUUCUGGAAGCUUUGCGACUUCAAUAAGAAGUUCCUGUUUUUUGUCCUGAAGAGCAGUGAUGUGCUGGAUAUUCUGGUUCCUAUACUCUACUACCUGAAUGAUGCCAGAGCUGACCAGUCCCGUGUUGGACUCAUGCACAUUGGUGUGUUCAUUUUGCUGCUGCUGAGCGGGGAGAGAAACUUUGGCGUGCGCUUGAAUAAGCCCUACUCCGUCCAUGUGCCUAUGGACAUCCCAGUCUUCACGGGGACCCAUGCUGACCUGCUUAUAGUGGUGUUCCACAAGAUUAUCACCACAGGCCACCAGCGUCUCCAGCCUCUGUUUGACUGCCUACUCACUAUUGUUGUAAAUGUGUCUCCCUAUUUGAAGAGCCUGUCCAUGGUGGCAGCCAAUAAACUGCUCCACCUGCUAGAGGCCUUCUCCACCAGCUGGUUCCUGUUCUCAGCAGUCCAGAACCAUCAUCUUGUAUUCUUCCUUCUGGAGGCUUUCAACAAUAUUAUCCAGUACCAGUUUGAUGGAAACUGCAACCUGGUGUACGCCAUCAUCCGCAAACGUAACGUGUUCCACCAGUUGGCCAACAUGCCCUCUGAUCCUGCUUCCAUCCAGAAGGCUUUGCAGAGGAAGAGGAAGUCUCCAGAUGUCAUUUCCCGCACAAGCUCCCAGGAGACUGUAUCCAUGGAGGGCUCUCACCCUGCUGUGCCAGCAGAGCCCGGUACACUGAAGACCAGUCUGGUUGCUAUUCCAGGCAUUGAUAAACUGACUGAGAAGUCCCAGGUAUCAGAGGAUGGCACCAUGGUGUCACUUGCAAAGACAGACUCCCCACAAACUGUCCACUCAGAUCAAAGUGCAGUCGCCGGGACAAGUGACACGGAGUCAAACUCAGGCAGAGACAAUGAAGAUGUUUUCUACACUGAAGCAGAAAUGGAGAGAAGACGUUUGUCAACUGCGUCGUCAACAUCAUUUUGGGCUCCCACACCAGAAUGGGUCCUCUCCUGGAAGUGUAAACUACCCCUGCAGACUAUCAUGCGACUUCUACAAGUGCUAGUUCCCCAGGUGGAGAAGAUCUGCAUCGACAAGGGUCUGACAGAUGAAUCAGAGAUCCUGAAGUUUCUCCAGCAUGGCACAUUAGUGGGCCUGCUGCCAGUCCCUCACCCUAUCCUUAUCAGAAAGUAUCAGGCCAACGCAGGCACUGCCAUGUGGUUUCGCACCUACAUGUGGGGUGUCGUCUAUUUGCGCAAUGUCGACCCUCCCAUCUGGUAUGACACCGAUGUCCGCCUUUUUGAGAUUCAGAGGAUGUAGACAGAAAACUGAAAAUGGGACUGUUCAACUCCAGGUUUCCUCUCCCCAUCAGUAUAUGCUGGUUUCCCAGUAAAUGUCACUGUGUUUAACAUGCCUCUAUAUCAUCAUCAAAAUGCGUACAUGAAGGACUUGGGUAGGAGAGUCGUUAAGACGGGUGAGGUGGAGCUACCUCUCGGAUAAAGGGAGGUAAUUGAAUUAUAAAUAUUGUCCAUAAACAACUGUGUUUGUACAUUUCUUUAGACCUCAAGACCAUAGAAUGUCUGUACUGAGAUGACUGGAGCGUUUCUUCAAGGCUGAGGCUCUUUUCUUGACAGCAUAGAAGUGAAAGUCAGACUUGUUAUAGAAGAUAUGGUGCUUUCCAGCAGAGGCUUGUUGUAACAUAUCUUGGACGGCACAGUAUUGGUGUUUCACGUUACUUGUCGUACUUGCCAUUGCUUUAAAGUGUACUUGCACUCUUUAAUGAGUUGUUUGUUAUCAUGGUUGUAGUUUAUGUGACAAUAUAACUCUACAGGAUUUUGGAGACAAUAAUACAGAUUGUAUGUAUUUUAUGUAUACAGCCAGGUUUACUCUUUAGUGAUCUGGCUGGCUAUGCUUACAAUGCUUGAUGUUGAAAAUUGUAUUUUCCUUAAAUUAUCCUGAAAAUAUAUAUUGAUAUGCAUAUGUGAA